ACCGCCCAAAUAUAUCACUUUCCAGAUCAAUCCACAUUUUCUGCCACCGAUUUUCCCCGGAAAAAAACACCCCACUGUCCUUACGCCUCGCUUACCACGAAUUUUUGAGGGCUGAGCUGAGGGGGAAAAAGCUGUGAAUUCAGCGGAAAUGACGAUCCAUACGUGUCAAGCUCUUCGUGCGUGUCGACCUCCCUUGUUUUUUUCAUCUAUGUCCACCCUUCAACGCCCACGAAACUGCAAACUCUCCGUUCAAAACUCUAUGAUAGAUCCAAACAGCUCACGGAAGUUAGUUUUGGAAGUUAAGGAGAAGCUUGAAAAGGAGCAUUGUAGUCUGGCGGUUGGAAAGAAUGGAAGAGAUGACGAAGACAUGAUACUAUGGUUUCUUAAGGAUCGGAGAUUUUCUGUUGAAGAAGCGGUCUCUAAGUUAACAAAAGCUAUUAGAUGGCGUCAAGAAUUUGGAGUUUCUGAUCUGUCUGAAGAUGAUGUGAAAAAUAUAGCCGCGACUGGAAAAGGCUAUGUGCAUGACUUUCUUGACGUUAAUGACAGACCAGUGCUCAUUGUCGUGGCAUCUAAGCACCUCCCUGCAGUGCACGACUCUCACGAGGAUGAGAAAUUGUGUGUAUUCUUGAUUGAGAAGGCAUUGAGCAAGCUUCCACCUGGGAAAGAACAAAUACUUGGAAUAGUUGACCUCCGAGGCUUUGGCACUGAAAAUGCAAAUCUCGGUUUUUUAACUUUCUUGUUUGACGUAUUCUAUUAUUACUAUCCAAAGCGGUUGGGCGAAGUUCUCUUUGUGGAAGCUCCUUUUAUAUUUCAGCCAGUUUGGCAGAUAACAAAGCCCUUGUUAAAAUCAUACGCUUCCAUGGUGAAAUUCUGCUCAGUGGAAACUGUGAGGAAGGAAUACUUCACAGAAGAAACUGUACCAAUCAUCUUUAGACAAUGAGGCAAUUACGUUACAUUCAUACAACUUUUAGAGGAGAAUGUACCCCAAAGUUACUGAAGCAUGUUAGCAGUUCCAUUUGUUUGCCAUCUACAUAUUAUGUAUAUACACUAAUGGGCCGAUGGUUCCUGUUAAUUGAAAUCACAGCACGAAAUCUGAGAUUUUGAUAU